UGUCGUUAUCAGGCUUUCCGUGCCCCCUUAUUUCACGGGUAUUUCACAGCAAGCAACAUCUAUGAUGUCGAUACGUCAUCUAUUUCAACACGGGCUAAAGCGUCUUGUUUUGGAUUCUACUGGAAAACGAAGUGGGCAUAGGUCGGUUAGAGCUGAGCAAAGAACUGAUCGCACUCGUUUGCGGGUGUGUCAUGGAGGAAGAACACAAUGGGCAACAAUAUCAGGGGUUGCAUAAUAUGGGCACUAGAUUAGUAUAUGUCCCCUCCGACGUGCCGGUUCCACAACAUCUCAAAGAUCCGUCAGCAGCAGAGGAUGCUGAAAGAGAGGCACGUGGGGUAGCCAUUGAUCUCAGCCGAAAAUCCAACGAAGAAGCGAUAAAUGAAUGGAAAUUGAGAGAAGAUCUGAUAAUUAAUGAUUUGACGACUAGAAUGGAUCAACCGAUAGAAUUGGAGGUGCCUAAACCUCAACACUUGCCUGACGUCGAACCGUGUGUGGAUCCGGCCACCUCUGAUACGAAUCUUCAGCUACGGGAGCAACCUCAAUUGGGCAAGCGGAUAACUAGUGAGGAAAUUUCAACGUCAGUUAAACGUUCGGACGCCAUUUCUGCAUCUUUUCCUGUCCGUGAUUCACUUUUAGAAAAAAAGCAAUCAGAUCCAAGAGUUUUCGCUGCUAACACCCAUCACGUCCUAUCCCCAGCCACCGACAACCCGUUGGAUUAUAGCUUUAAGCCGAGAAAACAACAGUUGGAAGUGGCGGAAGAGCCGCCGCGGAUAGUAUCCGACGUCGUAUUGCCAGUCGGCGUAGAUAACGAACCCACUGAUGACCCAAUACUGCGGCUGCAUAACAUGCUCAAGCCCCACCACCAGGUCAGAGCAAUACCAUCCAGUGUCCUACAACAUGACGAUGACGAGUUUAAGGACUCAAUCGGACCAAGAAAAACACCUGCCGACACCCGGAGAUACCAAAAAAAUGUCCUGUCUUCGAGAGAUCGACGACUUGAAACACAACUAUCUGAAGGGCAAGAACAUCCGCAAAGGUCAACAAGAAACACUGGGUAUCGGAGAAAAAACAAAAAGAUGCUAGGAGCAGAUGAGUUUUAUCUAACAGAGUUGGAUGGCGUUUCAACAGAUCCAGCCCAACCGCCUAUAAUCCGAUCAUCUCAGAGCAAUAGUGCAACUUUAAGCAAGUCAACUCACUCCAGCAGUUCCACAGAUAAAAAAGUCAACUUCAACUUAGAGGAAAAUAUGACGACGCAGUGCGUGGCUGCCCGACCACAAAACAACUUUUAUGGGAAGCCGAAUCAAAAGCGAAAACAGGAACUGCGCAAUAUUGCCUAUACUUCUCGAAGUGAGCGGGCCAAAAAAGAGGGUGCACUAGAUUUCGAUCCGAAAGAAAAGGCCGGGAUGUCAGCGCGAAAAAUGUCCAGACGAAGUACGCACGCGAGACGAGCGUCGAUAGGAAAACAAGGUAGCCGAACUCGCAGAAUCAUUGAGGGAAAAAGUAAUGUUAUCAUCACCACGGGCAGCCUGGAAGAUCCGACAGCAGUCACGACUAGAAUAGCUGACAACUCAGAUACGAACGAAUUUUCGCAGAUGCUCACGAAAGCCACAAACUCGUGUAAGAUGAACUAGUUAAUGAGACCAGACAUCCCUGGGGCACCCAUCCUGCGUUUCCGUGGGGAAUUUCUCCAUGCUCACCGAGACUAAUCGAAAUCUAUUGCUUUUAAGAUAUCAUUGUUCAGGUCACGAACGUCGAUCAGCUUGAUUAACGGUUAUUCAUUGCACAUUUGGAAUCGAACAAGAAACUUUUAAUUGGAUGUGAGCUGUAAGUUAAGUUUAUCCUGUAUGCCCCUUCCGGCCAUAGCAGAGGUUAACCGGAAAAUAAUUCAUCGGGCAAAGAGGACGCCAUUUGUUGUUUGAUUAGCUGGACUGCAAGGGUGCAUGGUACGAAGUGUUACAGCUUGAGCAAAUGCCAGUUUCUCUUCAUUGGUACUGACUCCUUUCUAUAAUUGUUAUAGUAAAUAAUAUAAGUCGCAAGUAAUUGUGCAUCGGGUUUUUCGUCACACAUCAAUUCUUGUUAUGACAACCAAACUUUAUUAACGUAUCAACAUAAUUUCGUCAUUUUGUUGUUGAUAGAGCCAUAUAGACAGAUUUCAGGCAGGAAAGCAAGGGUUCCCAAGACGAAUGCUGCUUGAAUUUACAUGAAAAUCUUAUACUACAUAUAUUGCCGAUAGUGUUUCUCAUCCCUUCACGCAAAGUAUCACCCCGCCUGUGAGUAAAAAAGGUCUGAACACUACAUGUAGAAAACCAUCAAUAAGUUUCUGCUAGCAUGUUUGAAUAUGUUAAACAAUGUUCCAGAUUUCGCACACAACUAGUACUUGCAAUACAAGUACAAUAAAAAAAAACGGUACAUUUA